GACCAUGGCUUCCACUCCAACUCCGCUGCUGCUGCUGCUGCUGCUGCUCCUGCUCCCGUUCCCGCUCGCCGCCGCCUCAUCGCUCCCGCCGCUGCCGCUCUCGACGGCGUCGCGGUGGGUGGUGGGCGCGGACGGGCGGCGCGUGAAGCUGGCGUGCGCCAACUGGGCGUCGCACCUGGAGCCCGCGGCCGCGGAGGGCCUGUCGCGGCGCGGCGUGGGGGACAUCGCGGCGCGCGUGGCGGCGAUGGGCUUCAACUGCGUCAGGCUCACCUGGCCGACCUACCUCGCCACCAACGCCACGCUGGCGAACCUGCCGCUGCGGUGGUCGCUGGAGCUCCUCGGCAUGCGGGAGUCCGCCGCCGGCGUCCGGGUCAACAACCCUCAACUCCUCGACCUGCCCCUCAUCGAUGUGUUCAAGGAAGUGGUGUCAGCUUUGGGCAGGAAUAAUAUUAUGGUUAUACUUGAUAACCAAAUGACCACACCAGGAUGGUGUUGCAGCCAACGAGAUGGUAAUGGUUUUUUUGGUGACACUUACUUUGACCCAGAUGAAUGGUUGAGUGGCCUCAGUACAAUGGCAACAAUGUUUAGGAACACAAAAAAUGUUGUGGGCAUGAGCUUAAGAAAUGAGCUUCGAGGUGACAAACAAAAUGUUACUUUGUGGUUCAGGUACAUGCAACAGGGUGCUGAGGUUGUUCAUGCAGCAAACCCUGGCGUCCUUGUUAUUUUGUCAGGCCUGGAAUUUGACAAUACUCUCGACUUCUUGUUCUCAAAAAAAGUUCAACUAUCAUUUACUGGAAAGUUAGUCUAUGAGCAGCACUGGUAUGGUUUCUCAGAUGGUGGCAACUGGGGAUCCCAGAAUCAAAAUGAUGUUUGUGGGAUGGUUGUUGGCUUCAUAAAAUACAAAGGACUGUUCCUACUUCAGCAAGGCUGGCCAUUGUUUUUCUCUGAGUUUGGGUUUGACAUGUCUGGCGCACACGUCGCUGACAAUCGCUAUCUUACCUGCUUCUUAAGUGUGGCAGCUGAAAUGGAUCUGGACUGGGCUAUUUGGGCUCUGCAAGGGAGCUAUUAUAUCAGGGAGGGUACUCUAGCUUAUGAUGAAUCAUAUGGAUUGCUGUCGUGGGAUUGGUCUGCCACUAGAAACCCCAGCUUUAUUAAAAGGAUCAAUUCUCUGCAAUCACCAUUUCAAGGCCCAGGACUACCAAACAGCAAAGAACCUUACAACGUAAUAUUUCAUCCUUUAACUGGGCUCUGUCUAGUGGUGAAAUCAUCAGAGGCACUUGAGUUGGGUCCAUGCGAUGAAUCAAACGCUUGGAGCUACACUUCAACAAACCAGUUAGUGCUGAAACACACUGGUCAAUGCCUCCAGGCCAAGUCCGUCGGUGAAAAUGCAAAGCUGGGGACAGAUUGCAGCAAAUCCAGUGCAAAGUGGCAACUAAUAUCAUAUUCAGGAAUGCAUGUUUCGGCUGAACUCACUAAAAAUGGAACCAGAGUAUGCUUGGAUGCCACUCCUGAUGGUACCAUUGAAACGAAUCUGUGCGAGUGCCUCACCUUGGAUCCAAAUUGCAACCCUGAGAGUCAGUGGUUCAAAAUUAUAUUAAGCAGUAAAGGUAUACCAGGCGGCACCUCCAUUUUGCAGUUGCCAUCUCUUGGUCCCUGGUCUCCAACAUCGUCUAGCUAAGCAUGACAUUAUUUCGAAAAUAUAUGUGGUCAGACAGAAUAAGCGGAAGAGUUUUUUAGCACACGGGUGUAUAUAUACCCGUUGCUUCAGAUCAUCUAAAUAGUUAUA